AUGGGCUCGGUUCCUCACAAUCCAAAAGGUCUGCAUGCGAUCCCGGCUAAGGAGCUCAAUUUGCAGCUUUCCACUUGGCUUGACAGUGCUUCUGGUGAACACGGCCCAGCAAAGGCAAUAAUCUCACCGUACGGAUGCAUGAUGUAUACCAGUCCUUUAGUUUGCAAGGCACUCAAGAAAUCAGGUGAAUUUGUUGACCUGCGAAUGAGUGAAGACGAAGACGAACACUCUCUUGAAAUGCAACUGCCUUAUGUAGCGAAGGUUAUGGAAAGCCGGGCUAAGACCUUUACCAUCGUUCCCAUCAUGGUUGGCAGCCUGUCUUUUGAAAAGGAGCGCGUGUAUGGUGAAAUCCUCGCUCCCUAUCUCCAGGAUCCGCGGACGCUGUUUGUAAUUUCUUCCGAUUUCUGUCAUUGGGGAAGUCGCUUCCGAUACACGUAUUACGACCAAAAACAGGGCGAAAUUUGGCAAUCGAUCAAGAACCUCGACAAAAUGGGUAUGGAUUCAAUUGAGACCAUGAACCCGGAAGCAUUUGACACUUACAUAAAGAAAUACAGAAAUACCAUCUGCGGCCGCCAUCCCAUCGGUGUUCUGCUACAUGCCAUGAACACCCUACGCAAUACUCAACAGGGUUCAUCUUUUUCUCUCAAAUUUGUGCAAUAUGCUCAGUCAAAUAAGUGCCACAAUGAAAGAGAUUCAUCUGUGAGCUAUGCAGCGGCCUCCGUCGUGAUGAAUUAA